GAGUACGAGAUCAGGAAGGAGGAGAAUAUCAGAUAUGCGAAGAAGCAUUCGAUUCCCUUCGUGGAUUGUGACUACGACGCCGACAGCUGGUUCGAACGAAUGGUGGGCUUCGAGCUGGAGCCAGAGAGGGGGGUGCGGUGCAGCGCGUGCUUCGACAUGCGCAUGGAGGUGACCGCGGCCUACGCCGUAGAGCACGGCUUCCAAUACUUCACGACGACCAACGCCACGAGCAGGUGGAAGGACGAGACCCAGGUCAAUCUUGCUGGCAUACGAGCAGCUGCUUUGUACAAUGGGGCCGAGGGCGAGGAGGGCAAAGUUAAGUUCUGGGUCUACAAUUGGCAGACUCCCGAGUUCACCCGCAGGAAGUACGAGGUGAGUGUUGGAGAAAAGUUUUACAAGCAGGAAUAUUGUGGUUGCGGAUAUUCUCUGCGGGACAGCAACAUCUGGAGGGCGCAGCAGGGAAUUCCUCCUGUGAAAAUCGGAGGAGAGGAGGCUGGGCUGGGCACUCGGUAUUUUGAGAACGUGGAAGCCGACGAAGAAGAGGAGAGCCAGGAGGUGGUGGAUUCGUUUUUUGCAGAUGCAGAGAACCACUUCGGCAACGAGAAGAGGAUCGUUCAGCAAAUGACCAAGGUGCAGUCGGUGCUGCAAGGGAGGCUGAAGAGCAGCGCGAGCGUGUCAGACAACAACUGGUGA